UUUGAAUCUCAGAAGCCGCGGCAAUGGAUCAGUACGUCCGCGACUUUAACCAGUUCCUUCAGGAGUCGCCCGACUUGCCCAUCGCAGUCAAUGCAAUCCGCACGCUCGUCAAGCUGCUCCAAGCCAGCAAAGCGACGACAAUGAUGGAGUUGCGCGAUCAGCUCCAGGAACUCAUUCAAGCAAUGGUUGACAAGUCGGGCAACUCGACCCUGUCGCUCUCCUCUGGCUGCCAGUUGUUUAUGAGCUUUGGCACUCGUGCCGAGUCCUUUGAUUCGGUCGAGCAUUCCAAGGUGCGAUUGAUCGAGCGAGCAAAGAUUUUCAUCCAAAAGGCAACCGACAGCCGAAAGAAGAUUGCGACCUUGGGCAACCCGUUCAUUCGCGACGGCGCAACCAUCCUCACACACUCCCGCUCUCGAGUGGUCGAAAAGCUCUUGCUCGAGGCAGCCGCCGCCAACAAGCGCAUCAGUGUCUUCAUGACCGAAUCACGACCCGAUGGCUCCGGCUACAUUGCAGCUGAGCAAUUGCGCGCCGCUGGCAUCCCAGUCACCAUGAUUCUUGAUGCUGCUGUCGGCCACAUUAUUGGCAAGGUUGAUUUGGUCCUUGUUGGCGCUGAGGGUGUUGUCGAAAGUGGCGGCAUUGUCAACAAGAUUGGCACCUACCAACUCGCCAUUGUUGCCAAGGUUGCCAACAAGCCAUUCUAUGCAGUCGCGGAAAGCUUCAAGUUUGUGCGCAUGUAUCCGCUCAGCCAGUAUGAUUUGCCUGUUCAAAGCGACAAUGCAGCACCCUUCUACCCUUCUAUUGUCCCUACUCAGGCCAACUCUACCGAGUUGAAGUUCCUCAACCCGUCCGUCGACUAUACCCCUCCGGCGUACAUUUCACUGCUGUUCACUGAUCUGGGUGUGUUGACCCCAUCUGCCGUCAGUGACCAACUGAUUCUUCUGUACACAUGAGGUUGGGGUUUUUUUUUUUCCUGUUUGGACAGUAAACAAACUCUUACGCAUUUCUUUCCCAA